AUGAAAGUCUCAACCAACACUCUCCUUUCCCUUUUUCUUUUGACCCCUUUGGUUGCUGCCGCAAAAGAAAAGAAUCCCUGGCCCGAGCCGGAACAUGGCUUCUUCAACAUCGCAAACUUCACCUUUGACACAGGUGAGGUCCUCGACGACCUUGAAAUCCACUACCAGACUCUUGGCAAGCUCAAGGUCAACAAAGAUGGCUCCAACAAUGCUGUUGUUCUCCUCCACUCAACUACCCUCUCCGGCGAGCAGUUUCUCAGCGAGGACUUUGGCGCUGUGCUGUUCAACAAGGGUCAGUUACUCGACGCCGAAGAGUACUUCAUCAUCAUGCGCGAUGCCAUUGGGCACGGGAACUCGAGCAAGCCUAGCAACACUGGCUUGCGCGCUUCGUUCCCCAAGUACCAGUAUCCUGAUAUGAUUCGUGCCGACCAUAUUCUGUUGACUGACCACUUUGGACUGAAUCGCACGCGUUUGACGCUCGGCGUUUCCAUGGGUGGAAUGCAUAUCUGGAUGAUGGGUGCCGAAUAUCCUGGCUUUUCUGAUGCUCUGAUGCCCAUUGCUACGUCCCCUGUCGAAGUCGCUGGACAUAAUCGUCUCUUCAGAAAGUUCAUUACCGAACUCAUCACUCUUGACCCAGCGUGGAAAGGUGGCGACUAUAAAGAACAGCCUGUCGCUGGUCUUGGCGGUUCGCUCAUGAUCCAGCUGACCAUGCUCUCGUCUCCUGCUUACUGGCAGCGUGGCUUUGCCACACGCCAGGCAAUGGAUGAGUACGUCGACCAAGGCAUCAUCCCUCGCUUAGCAGAGUUUGAUGCCAAUGAUCAACUUUAUGCCUGGAAUUCUUCACAGACGUACAACCCCAAGGCAGGCCUCAAGAAGAUCAAGGUUCCUUUGACAGCUGUCAAUACUGCGGAUGACUGGAUGAAUCCUGUCGAGUUAGGCUUUUUGGAGGACGGUGUUGUUAAUGACAUGACCCCUGGCUAUGGUCGAGCCAUUGUUCUACCUGCUAGCAAGGAGACAACUGGCCAUGAUAGUUAUAUCAAGGCAGAGCUUUGGAAGGAUGAGCUUGAGAAGCUCCUCGCCAGGUCAAGCUCAUAG